CGGAAACUUCCGAAGAAGCUAAAUUUACAACGAAAUAUUUUUUGCGAUCUUAAAACACGAGAAUCUCGACCUGCAUUUCGAAAUUAUUUCCAGUGUUUAAACCAGUUUUGAGAUGGCUACAGCUGUAAUAAACCAAUUUGGAUCUACAUCAGCGUCAGAACCAGCCUUUACAGCUUAUAAUGACCUGGCAUCUACAAAGGUUGGUGGGAAAGUACUGUUUGCCACGGAUGACUGGUUUGCUCAGGCAGAGAAUCUCCUCAAGCCUGAGGAUGCCCAGUUCCGGGAAGGUUACUACACGGAAUGUGGCAAGUGGAUGGAUGGCUGGGAAACACGCAGAAAACACGACGAGGGGUACAACUGGUGCAUUAUACAACUAGGAGUCCCUGGUGAGAUAGAGGGGCUGGACAUUGACACAUCAUACUUCACGGGGAACUUCGCUCCCAGAUGUUCUGUACAGGCUGCAUGGUUGGACAAUUCUUAUAAAGGCAGAGAUGGGGACAGGCUUGGAACCCAUGCUACAAGUGAAGAAACUACAGAGAUAGAAAAACUGCACUCUGAGGACUGGGAGUUUAUAGUGUCCUUAAGUGAGCUGAAGCCGGGAUUUCCAAAAUCCUCUCACAACUACUUCCACUGCAGCGGGAAGAAGAAAUACACACAUUUACGUCUCAACAUUUACCCAGAUGGUGGUGUGGCCCGACUUCGUGUGUAUGGCCAGGCCAGACGUGAUUGGUCAAAAGUCUCAGAGAGAAAGAUAGUGGACUUGUUGUCAGCCCUAAAUGGAGGCUUGUGUCUGCAAUGUAGUCGAUCUAAUGGUGGGGGAGGCAGGAAUCUCAUUCAGGCUGGCAGGGGAAGCAGCGUAGAAGAUGGUUGGGUGGUGACACCUUUGGCCACAAGACCAUCAGUGGUCCAGUUUAACAGAGAUGGGCAUAUGCACAAUGCUGGUUCAGAGUGGUGUGUGUUCAGAUUGGGACAUCCUGGGAUUGUCACCAUGGUGGAAGUGGAUACCAACAACUUCAAAGGAAAUUUCCCAGAUGUUUGCAGAGUGGAAGCCUGCUUCCUGGACAACUCUGCCAAUGAUUUGGAUACAAACAUUCCAAAAAGCAAAUGGAGGACACUACUACCUGUGACCAAAUUAAAGGCCCACAACCAACACUUCUUCUACCAAGACCAGCUGGAGAAGAACACCGGAGUUGUCUCCCAUGUCAGAUUGACAGUCAUGCCUGAUGGAGGUGUCAGUAGGUUCAGAAUUUGGGGAACAAAGGCAAACAGAGCCAUCGCAAAGUUGUGAUGUCAGUGGUACCUAAGAUUAUCUUUUAUGAAAUAUAAUAUUUAAGUUUUAUUUCAGACAUAGUAUAUUUUUAAGUUAAAAGCCAAAACCUAUAAAAGUAUUUCUGUUUUGAUGUAUCAAAUCUAUUCUGAAGAUUUGCUGGUUGCGUAGGUAUCUUGAAAAGUGAGGGGCCAUCUGAUCAACGAUCCUUUCUUCUAAUUGAUAUUUAAAGUUAAUAGUUAUAAUAUCUACCCUAAAAGCAAUAGCUACCCUAAUACCCUAAAAGCAAUAGCUACCCUAAAAGCAAUAGCUACCCUAAAAGCAAUAGCUACCCGGUAAAUAGGAGUCAGUUAAGGCAAUGUUUUUCUUGCAUUUAGUUAGAGAUGCUCAUUUCAUAAUACUGAAAUGCAUUAUCGUACAAUAUUUGAUAUUUUUAUGGUCAUUGAUUAGAUGGCACUGCAGUGAUUUUUUUACGAAAUACUUCUUUUGAAUGAAAAUAUGCUUACUUAUUGCACAACUAUAUAACUUAUAUAAUAACUUAUUACUGAAUCUCAGUUACAAUAUAUAGUUUUAAAUCUCUUUCUGUCAGUAGCAGUUUUAAAUUGUUGCCUUCUUUACUUUUUUUUUCAAAACAAUUUUUAAUGAAUAAAAUCAGAUUUUUGUCACUUGUUCUGAACUGUCUACUUAUAGCUUUAAACUAAAUUGCUCAAGGAUAUUUUAGUGAAUAUAAGUUAAUUAUUAGAAAGAUUAUCGUGAUGUAAUACUUAAAUUUGCUCAUUGGUUUUGAAGCUGUUGAAACCAAUUUUUUCUGAUGAUCUCAAUUUGAUGUGUUAUUGACCAAUAGUUUACUUGUAUGUUAUAUCCCCAACAUAAUUCAAGUUCUGUUGGGGUUAUAUAGGAGUCACCAUGUUGGUUGUCCCAUCUAAAUGUCUGAGGGAAAGAUUUCAAUGUAAUCUCUAAGUUAAAUAUCAGAUGUUUAUUCAAUACAGCCCCUGGAUAAAUAUCUACUGCUGAAUGGUAAGCUUACACCUUGUCUGUUUUGUCAGUCACAUAAUACUGAUUAUACUGGGGACUCCAUUCUGACUUUCUUACAAGGGAAAGUAACUUAUUAUCUGUUAACUUCAAUUUUUUAUUUUUUUUAUAUUUAUUUUUUUAUUACGACAAAGUCAUAUUUGAAAGUUCUUUAUAUGAAUGGUUCCAUGUUUUUCGUCAGAGGAUUUGUUUCUCCUACCCCUCACAGACAAAAUCUGCCUCUUUGACAGGGAAUCGGGGGGCCAGUAGAAAAUGUAUUAGUGCAGAAUUUCUUUAAGAAACAUUUGAAUCCAUUCAGCCUCAGGUAAGGUUCAAUCGAUCCCCACCUCACCUUUUGCAGAGUUCUUAUGUCAUACCAAAAGCUCUGACAAUCUUGUUCACAGCUGGGCUGUCAAGCUGGUGGCCUUGGGCGGCAGAACUUUCUUUUUUAAUUCUGUCUGUUUAGCCCUUUAUAACAAUUGCUUAUUAGUCUAUAUGUUCUGUUAGUGAAAUAAUUGUGGUUUUUUGAAGGUAUAAAUUUGUUGAAUCUUAAGAUGUUGUUGCCAGGAAAGGAAAGAGCGGGAAGUGAUGUUAAGCUUGUCACCAUUAUUUGCUACCUUUACAAAUGCUGGGAUAUAUACCAGGCAGUCUUCAAGAGAAGGGAAGGUGGUUUUGUCAUCACAUAAGUGGUCGGUCAUAUAUAUUGUUCCAUGUCUUUGUAUGAUGAACAUGUCCUCUCUAAGAAAAACAUCACUUUCAUCACCCAAACCUACAUUGCACAACUAACUGCCUGACUUUUCAAUGACAACUUCUGGUUUAACGAUACAGGUAAAAAACUUGGCCAUCAGGUUUUUCCUGUUUUUCCAUUAGUGUGUGGAUAAGAGGCUCCUUUGACUCAGACAUGGUUACUUAACAUUUCAACAUUAAAAGAACUGAAAUCUAGUUUCACUUUAAUGUUAACUCUGAUUUCACAGUCUUUCCAAACAGGCCUGUGACCUUUCCUGUUCUUGCCACAAUCUGUCAGCUUAUUCUUUCCAAUGGCCUUCUGGAUUGCUCUUAUUUCACUGAUGGCCUUUUCUCCAACAUGUCUUUGCUGAAGCACUUCAUCAAUGAUUUCUGAGUAGAUUGCCUGGUCUUCAGUUCUUAAGAAUGAAUAAUAGAACACCUUGUAGACAUCAGACAUACGUUUUGUGUUAACUGUCACAUCAUAGCACUAUAGCCACCGUUGUGACUCAUAUGGCUCACUGUUCUCGUGAUCAGUUAUCCCAACAAAACGUCUGCUCCCAUAGUUAAUUGAUUUUAAACCAAGUUCACGGUAAGCAGUAUGAUAAUAUUCGGAAUGCUGUUAUUUGAAAAUGCACAAGAAUACAUAAGUAGUUCUCCUGACAAACAUGAAAGUGAGUUCUCAUGUAACCAAUACAUACUGACCAGCAGUUUUAAAUAAUGUUCAACUAUCUUCUAAAUUUAUAUGGAGCUAAAUUAAUUUUUAAUUGAUUAUCUACCUCAUUUAACGUUUUGUUUCACUCAUGUCUUCGACCUAUUAAAUCAUAGCAUGAUGUUGAAUUUUAGUUUCAAUAGUUACAGCAGUAUGAGAAAGACAAACUUCCUGGUGGCCCUAAACUCUUUCUGUGUGGCAUGUCCUGGCAGCUGCCACACACAAACAGAUAGACAGACAGAAAUAUUAAUUACAACGUGUACAUAGUACAUUGUCAUAUAUACAUAUGUCAUGAAAUGUACAAAUAACAUUCAGCAAGACUAUAAUGAUAUUUAUAUAUAAAUAAAUAUAGAAAACAUGUCACGUGUCAGGUAAAUAAAAACAAAACAAGAAAAAAACAACCCAACAAACAAUCACCAAACAAAAACACAGAAUGAAAAAAAACCAACAGAGUAAUAAUUGUUUGUUAGUUAAAUGGU